UCUGUCAUUGACAAAAACAAACACGUUUAGUGGACGUGCUCGGAUCAGACACAGCCCGUUUUGUACUUGUGUCACGACUUGUGUACGACUUACCGUUGGGAUGGCGAUGCUUGAGCCCUCCGCUUCAGGCACAGGGCUUGCAUUACUUUGGUCGUCUGCUCCGGGUAAACUGUGUCGAGUCGGUCCUUCCGCCUCCGCCGCUUCAACUUGGAGAAGAUGAUGCGUGCGUGUCCGCUUUACGUGAUAGUAGAAGGAGUUAUACAUCCUGUACUCACUCGGACAGCCAUCAAUUCCACACACCACGCGAAAGUCUGGGCUGCUACUGUGCAUGGUGUUAAUGUGACUCAAAAGUUGUUUCAGAGUCAAUGCCACAAAUAUGUAGCAUAAGAAACAACGCCAAAUCAUGUUGGAAACAGACGGUCACAGGUGGGUAGCCAAGGUGGUGUAGUUCAGACUGCCGUAAAACAACUCGUUGCUAUGGUUACACCCGCCACCUAGCUGCCGCAAAUGAGAAUGUGGGCGUAAACUAACGUUAUGACAUCGACUUGGAUUUGAACUUGGUUUGGGACCAACCGACUGGAACCCGUGUUUCAUUUCAAGUAAGUUAAAACGCUGUAUCCACUGCUCAGUUUGUAGUUCACAUCACACACCCUUUGAAUAUUAUCGAUGUUUCAAUGUGUUUUCAAUGUUUGUGUUUAGUUGCCACCAAACAGAGGCAGCAAGCGCGGCACGAGGCGAGCUAACGUAAGCGGGGCUAACUAGCUAAGUUAGCUAAGUCAGUCAGCUAACAGCAUGGAAGAAUUGGAUGAUGUCGCAGUGUUGACUUUAAGAGCUGCAAACAUCACUGAGGCAAUGAUGAUCACCCUGUCUCCUGAAGACUUGCGGGAUCUUUUCCCGGGCCCGGAGAACUUUUUACGGAGAAAAGCAGUCUGGCGUGCCUGUCAUGGUGUAUCGGAGGAGGAAUCUGGCCAAGAACACUCAAAAUUGUCAGGCAGUUCCUCCUUUAAUGAGUCACCCAUGCGGCAGACAUCCACUCCUGUGAACGCAAGUCCUGCAAAGUACACAACCCCUGAAAAGGUUGUGAAGUUAUCCUUUCCAGAAUAUGUAUUGCACAUCGACACAGAACUUGAGCAAGUCCGACAACAGUACUUUGAGUUGUCGAAGAGAGACGAACAGCGCAACUGCCAAAUGUCAAAGGAGCUCAGAUGCCGGCUCAUUCGAAACACCAUGACCAGUAUGAUUGCAAUCCUGAGGGCGAAAGGGGAUGGAGAAUCACACAGAUACCCAUCAAAGCCAGAAAUUACAGCAAUGGCAAAGAGAAUAGUACUGUACUACCCCAUGCUGCAGGACCAAGGCUUCCCUACAUGGGUCACUGUGUACACACAACUAUACAAAAUAUUGCAAAAUGUGAGAUCCCCCCAAAAAAGAACCACAGAUGGGAGACAUUCGAAGAGGUGAGGCUGCAACUUGUCAUUAUUUUCAUCAAAGAUUAAUCUGUUAAUUAUUUUCCAGAUUAAUUGAUCAGUUGCUUGGUUAAUAAAAAGUCCAAGGUGAAGUCCUCAAAAGUCUUGUUUGGUCCACGACC